AUGGGAGUUCUCGAACAUGUCGCCGGCCCGUUGGGCAACUUCACCUCGCAUGCGCCCACUCCCAUCCUUGCCGUCGCCGGCUUCGUCUCUGUUAUCGUGCUCGCCGUGGUCUUGAACGUCCUGAGCCAGGUGCUCCUGAAGAAACCCAACGAACCGCCUAUGGUCUUCCACUGGUUCCCGUGGAUCGGCAGCACCGUCACUUAUGGAAUGGACCCGUACAAGUUCUUCUUCGCAAAUAAGCGAAAGCAUGGCGACGUUUUCACAUUUGUUCUGCUCGGCAGGAAGAUGACCGUGUGCUUGGAUACCAAGGGCAACAACUUCAUCUUGAACGGCAAGGCCAAGGACGUCAACGCAGAAGAGAUCUACAACCCCUUGACUGGGCCAGUGUUCGGCAAGGAUGUUGUGUACGACUGCCCGAACUCGAAACUUAUGGAGCAGAAAAAGUUCGUCAAGUUUGGUCUCACAUCUGAGGCGCUCCGCUCCUAUGUUGAGCUCAUUACCCACGAAGUAGAGGACUUCGUCAAGCGCCAUAAGGCCUUCAAGGGCCAGAAGGGCAUUUUCGACGUUCCCAAAGUCAUGGCCGAGCUCACCAUCUAUACCGCUUCACGUUCACUCCAAGGAGAAGAAGUCCGCAACAUGUUCGACUCCCGAUUCGCCGCUCUUUUCCACGAUCUCGAUCUAGGUUUCUCCCCGCUAAAUUUCCAGCUGUCAUGGUUCCCGCUCCCGCAUAACCGCAAGCGCGACGCCGCCCACAACGCCAUGGUAAACGUGUACUCUGAAAUCGUUCGCAAGAGGCGCACAGGCGAAAUCAAGCGUGGAAACAGCCACGAUAUGGUCUGGCAUCUUAUGGAAUGCCAAUACAAGGAUGGCACUCCUGUUCCCGACCACGAAAUCGCUGGCAUUAUGAUCGCACUCCUCAUGGCGGGCCAGCACUCCUCUGCCUCGACUAUCUCUUGGAUGAUGUUGCGCCUGGCCACCAAGCCUGAGAUUGUAGAAGAGCUCCUUGAAGAGCAGAAGCGCGUUUUGGGCGAAGACCUCCCUGUUUUCACCAAUGACGACCUUCCCAAACUUGCUCUCCACGCCCAGGUCGUCAAGGAAACUCUUCGCUUGCACUCUCCCAUUCACUCCAUCAUGCGCAAAGUAAAGCAGCCGCUUGUCGUCGAAGGCACUAACUACGUCAUCCCCACCUCCCACACUCUCAUGUCCUCUCCUGGUGUCUCUGCACAGAUGGACUCGCAUUUCCCCAACCCCUCUGUCUGGGACCCGCACCGCUGGGAUGCGCUGAACUUCGAAGACGAUGACGAGAAGAUCGACUACGGGUUUGGUAUGAUUUCCAAGGGCGGUAAAUCGCCUUAUCUGCCCUUCGGCGCGGGCAGACAUAGGUGCGUGGGUGAACAAUUUGCGUACGUGCAGUUGCAGACCAUCUUGGCCGCGAUAGUACGCGAGUUCAAGAUCAGGAAUGUUGGCGGUAGCAAGGAUAUCGUCGGCACGGACUACACGUCGUUGUUCACGAAGCCGUUGUCACCUGCCGUUGUCGAGUGGGAGAGGCGGGGUGCUGAAUUGUAA